UACAGAUGUCACGGCUGUAUGGAUGAGCCGCUCUUCUGCACUCAUUGCUGUAGGACAGUUCACAGCUGCAUGCCAUUCCAUAGGAUCAGUCAAUGGACUGGGGGAUUCUUCGAGGACACUUCCUUGACCAAGAUAGGGCUGGAAAUUCACCUCGGUCACCAGGGAAAGCCUUGCCCA